AUGCAGAGCAUUGACAAGGAGAACCACAGCUAUGUGUCUGAGUUCAUUCUCCUGGGCUUCUCCAGUGAACCACAAGUCAGAAUGUCUUUGUUCACCUUCUUUCUCCUCGUCUAUCUCACCACCCUUGUGGGCAAUGGACUCAUCAUCACCCUGAUCUACUUGGAUUCACACCUCCAUACACCCAUGUACUUCUUCCUCAGUAUUCUCUCCUUAGUGGACAUGAGCUAUGUCACCACCACUGUGCCCCAGAUGUUGGUUAAUAUGCUAUGUCCAAGGAGAACCAUCUCCUGGGGAGCUUGUGUAGCCCAGAUGUUCAUAUUCUUAGUUCUGGGCAUUGCUGAGUGUGUCCUCUAUGCCAUUAUGGCGUAUGACAGGUAUGUAGCUGUUUGCUUCCCCCUUCACUACACCCUACGUAUGAACCAUUCCACUUGUAUUAGGAUGGUCAUAAUUUGUUGGUCCAUCAGCAUAACUGGAGCCCUGAUUUACACUGUCUUCACCAUGCACCUGCCUUAUUGUGGCCCCUACAAGAUAAACCACUUCUUCUGUGAAGUCCCUGCUGUCUUGAAGCUGGCAUGCACAGAUACAUCCUUCAAUGAUCAUUUGGAUUUUAUUUUAGGUUUCAUCCUACUUCUGGUCCCACUGUCCCUCAUACUGGCCUCUUAUGUUCGUAUCUUUGCCUCCAUAUUAAGAAUCCGCUCAGCCCAGGGCCGGUUCAAGUCCUUCUCCACAUGUGCUUCCCAUAUCACUGUGGUCAUCAUGUUCUAUGGGCCAGCCAUGAUGAUGUACAUGAGGCCUGGGUCCUGGUAUGACCCAGAGAGGGACAAGAAGUUGGCUCUGUUCUACAAUGUUGUUUCCGCCUUCCUCAAUCCCAUUAUCUACAGCCUAAGGAACAAAGAUGUAAAGGGAGCUUUUUUGAAAGUUCUUGGAGGCAGAGGGGCAGUUCAGUGA